GCUAUGUCUGGCCGAGGCAAGGGCGGGAAGGGUUUGGGCAAGGGGGGUGCGAAGCGUCACCGUAAAGUUCUCCGCGAUAACAUCCAGGGCAUCACCAAACCUGCUAUCCGCCGCCUGGCCCGGCGUGGUGGAGUGAAGCGUAUUUCUGGUCUCAUCUAUGAGGAGACCCGCGGGGUGCUGAAGGUGUUCUUGGAGAAUGUCAUUCGCGACGCUGUCACCUACACCGAGCACGCCAAGCGCAAGACUGUCACCGCUAUGGACGUGGUUUACGCGCUCAAACGCCAGGGACGCACUCUGUAUGGUUUCGGCGGCUAAGUUUCUACGCGGUCUUCGUCUGUAAAGCUCUUGUUUACUCACAAAAGGCCCUUCUCAGGGCCACCCACUUGGUCAUAUGAAGGGCUGUUAUCUAACACAAAGGAAAACCAAAGGCGGAAGAGAUGCUCUUCAGACCUUCUCAUGCUCACCCUGCCACCUGUGUUCUAAAUCUUUCACUCCCAGAAGCUUUGUGUUUGUGUCAGUGAAAACACACCCAGAGACAGUUUCAUUCUGUCCCUGUUAUCUUAAGAUAGUUAUUAAUGGAGCCAACUUCCACUAUCAAUAACUUAUUUGCACAGUAAAUUAGUUGGUCAUCCUGAUCUAAUCAUAGUGAUAUCCCAGCUUAAAAUUUUAUUCCUCUUUCUACUGGCUCCUUCCCAUCCACAUAUAAAUAUGUUUCAGUGUCUCUCAAUUUAAUCCAUACCUCUACCAAUUACUAGAUCCUUCCCAUUUAUCAAAUCUCCAAGCCCUUGGGUAAUCUGGAGUCAC